GAGGACAAGAUGGCUCACCGGCAGCUCUACUAGAAUCACCUGUGAAAAUCUGGCCAGGGUUCCCGCUCUGGCCAAGUACGCACAAACCGGCACGGUCUGAUCCAGAAAUACGGCCUGAACAUGAGCCGCCAACGUGUCCACCAGUCUGCCAAGGAUAUCGGCUUCAUCGAGUCGGGUUAA